AUGUUUAGGCCAUGGAACAACUUGGCAACGUUCCAGACGGUUGGGGACGUUUUGGCCGACGUUGGCAUCAGUGACGAGGCAUGGAAUGGAUGGCUACAUCACAUAGGUCCCCUUGGCAACGAUCUUCGGGUACUGGCAGCUCUGCCAGCGGUGGCAGUGGUCGCAGCUGUCGGCCAAACUAUAAAGGCAGACGGUGCACCACUUAAUCCUGUGGAGGCGACCCAGGUGGGGUUAUGCUGGCGAACGGCGAGAAGGGUGACUGCAAUGAACUCAGGAAUGGACGAGGCACAGUUCAUCGAUGUGGAUCCAUGGGCCCCUCAAGAAACGGGAAGUGCUCCUACGGUGACAAAGCCAGGGUCUACGGGAGUUAAAGAACAUGUACUCAAAAUGGCUUCACUGAUUGAUCAGAGCGAUGAAUCUGAGCUGAUGCCCCCUACAUUGGAGGAGACCCACAUUUGGACGCAAAACUUUGUCAUGGUGAUGGGUGCUAUGCCGGAUGAUGUAGAGGAACCAACGGCGAAUCAACUUGCAGCUUUGAAUAAACGCGUGGUAAAGUUGCUGGCGGCUCCAUACGUGGAUUUUGCGGUGUGGACACCUUUUGAGAGGAGAGCGGCAAAGUCGCAUCGCUUCAGGGUGUUCACUCCGUUGGGAAAUGGUCAGUUCUUGCAGAGGGACUUGCCAGGACCGGGAAACUUUAUGGCUUGGUCGGCGAGUUGGAGGGUCUUCAGGGCUGCAUCACUCAUGUUGAAGAUUUGCAGUCUGGCAGCCCUGGAAGCCUACUACCGUCACAUUGAGAAGCUGGUGACACAGUGGCCGCAGUGUUGGGGGCUGAUUUACAGUGCAGACGACACGGCAAGGGCAGAGAAGUUGGAAAAAUGGAGGAGGCAUUGGACGCUCGAGCAAGGAAGGGGUCGACAGGUGCCGAAUGAUUGGGAUGCCAACGACCCUUGGUCAUGCGUGUUUUUGUCGGUGAUUGGGGAUGAGAAGUUUUGGUCAGAGAAGGUGCAUGUACCUGCAUCGUCGUGGCUAGCGGCGGGAGGCAGAGGUGUCCCUGUUGUGGCUGGUGAGGCAGCUGUCACAUCACAGUUCCCCGGCCUGAAGGAGGACUCCGAGGAGGACAAGACGCACGGAGGCCGGGAGAUCAGAAAGGAGAAAAGAAUCAGGAAGCGCAAACGGGUUCAAGCGGACCUUCAGGAGUUAAAGAACAUCAAGGCGGCAAACGAGAGAGCUCAUGACAGACCAGCCCCACCGUCGAAGGGCAAGGGCAAGUCGAAAAGCAAAGAUCAGGCGGGAGCUCCAUUGUGCUUCAGCUGGGCAUCCAAUAGUGGGAGCUGUGCAAACGUUCCACCUGGAGGAGAGUGCAAAGGAACUUUCCGCUCAAGCAUGAAUCCCGAGGGUGAGCUUGGCGUGGACUGGGGCGGCGAUGAAGACCCAGGCCAAAGCGCCGACGCGAGCCCUCAGGAGCCUGAGGCAAAGAGGCAGAAGCGGGAGUCGCCCACAAAGGACCCCUCGGUGAUGGCCGAAGCGGAGAUGAACGUGGAGAAGGCGACAAAGGAGCUGCCGGAUGCAAAACUUCCUGAACGAGUCAAAAAGGCUCUGGAGGAGUCCAAUAGUUUUGAUGAAUACAGGCAGAAAAGAGUUUUCACCUACUUGCAUGUGUUUUCAGGCCCAGAAGAUGUGUUGGGAAAGGCGAUAAAGUUUGAGGCGGAGAAGGAGCGCCUGAAGUGCGAGAUAAAGUCGCUGGACAAGCUGAUCGAUGGCAAGGUCGACAUGAGCAGCGUGGAACAACAUCGGGGCCUGUGCCAGGAGGUCAAGGAGGGCGUGUACGAUGGAAUGCACGCGGGAUUCCCGUGUGGCUCCUUUUCAAUUGCAAGGUGGUCGAAAAAUCCGGGCCCGCCACCUGUGAGGUCCACCGCAGAGAUCUAUGGCCUCAGCUCGAACCCACCAGAACGUCAAGCAGAAGCAGACAGAGGUACUCUCAUGGCGGCACAAAGCGGCUGGCUCAUGGAGGCACAGGUGGAGUCCGACAUGGCCCGUCGAGUUCCCACGGCGGCGACAAUGGAGAACCCUCCAGGUGACGAUAGGUGUGGACCUGCAUGGGAGUUGCCGGAGAUAAAGCAGACCUUGGAGAAGAUUGGUGCGAGUAAGGUGCCUUUCAACACGUGCGCCUUUCAGCAAAGACUCAAGGUGCGCCACUUCAAACCUGCGAUGUGGGCAGGGAAACUGGAAGGACUACCUUCCCUGAGCAAGGUCUGCCGCUGUCCCUCAUGGAUUAUUCAUGAGGCACUGGUGGGCAAAGCCAAGACCGUCAAAGCGGGCAGGUACCCAGACGAACUUUGUGAGGCCGUGGCAAAGCUCGUGGUGGCGGGAUGGAAGAGGACCGUCAAACUGGAGUUUUGGAGGUUCCAACUUGUCAGGCAAUCCAAGGCAGCAUCGUCGCUACAACACAAGUGGUUGCUGAACGAAGAGAAGCGGUUCGACAAACCACAGGAGACAAAGGAGUCGGACAAGAAGUUUGCAAACUCCUUGACAAGAGCGUUGGCUGCGGGAGACACCGAAAAGGAGUACAUCCCUUCGUCCUCAAGGAGAGCAUCCAACAAGGAGAUCAAGGAGAUGCAGAACCAGGAAGCCAUAGGCGGCAUGAGAAAUCCCUCCAGAGCAGUUGCAAGACUUCACAUGGUGCGAGAAGUUGGAGAUCAACUCAGAAGGGAAUGGAACGCCUUCGAGUUGGAGGAAUGGGACAUUGUGGACGUAGCUUGCGCUUAUGGUUCAGAGGAGGCAAAGUUCUUGCAGGUGAGAGUUGAGGAAUGGGAGAGACGAAUCAAAAAGAUGUGGAACAUGCGAGACGAGGACAAGGAGGUGAUCUUGAAGCAGCCUGACGAGUUCACGUCACCGCUGAACUAUGAGCUCUGGAAGGAAUGGCAGAGAAGGAGCAGGGACCCUGAUGUCUACCUGCCGAGACACAUCAAGAACGGGGUCCCCAUGGGCAUGGAGUUGGAGAUCCCGGACACCGGGAGCAUCUUCCCGAAGGUUUUGGGUAUCAAGGACCCGGAAGAAAUCCCGGAGGUAGAGUUCUCGGUGUUGAAGGAAACGUCGAACUACAAGAGCGUCUCGGAAAACAAGGAAGACGCCACCAUCGAGAUCAGGAGAUACCUCGAGAAGGGUUUCGCUGUCAGGAAGACUUGGGAGGAAGUGCAAGAGCGUUUUGGUUCAGGCACUUGCUCAAAGAUGGCGCUGAUAAUCAAGGACCGCCCAGACGGAGGAAAGAAGCGCAGGAUCGUGAUCGACAUGAGGAGAUCUCAGGGAAACGCCCGCUGCAGAGUGAGCGAAAGGAUCACCUUACCAAGGAUCCAAGACCUGGUGCAGGGGAUCAGAGGCAUGAUAGCAAGAUCAGAUGACCUUAAAGGAAUCCUUUACAAGAGGUAUGGCGACAAGGGUCUGGAGAACUGGGACGAGUUAGAGUUCGUCAUGAUUGACUUGAGGGAUGCAUUCUGCCACCUCGCCAUAGACCCCAGGGAAUGGCGUCACACCGUCACUCCAGACGAAGCAGAGGUGGGAGCAUUGGUAUGGCCGGCAAUGCUCUUUGGCUACAAGGCGGCCCCGCUGCACAUGGGCAGGCUGGCUUCGGCAAUUGGAAGGGUCCUGCAGUCUAUGGUGUCAGCAGCAGAGAUGACAUCGCAGAUCUACAUGGACGACAUCAUCCUGGUGCUGCGAGGGCCCCGCAAACACCGAAACCACGUCCUCGCCAUGGUGCUCUACAUCCUCCGAAUCUUGGGGGUGCAGAUUGCGUUGGAAAAAGGAGAGCGGGGAUCCAGAGUGAAGUGGAUAGGCACCACGCUGGAACUUCAACAAGCAGAACUCAUGAUUGGGAUUCAGGCAAAGAUGCUGGAGGAGAUCGAAGCCGAAGUCAAGAAGUGGCCACAGAUGGGUAUGGUGCCCUUGCGUGAUGUCCGCAAGAUCACAGGAAAGUUGAGCUGGAUAGCAGGGGUGGUGCCCAGAGCAAAAUGGGUGGUGAACGCCCUCUACGGCACCAUGACAUCGGUGCUGAGAGACGAGGCAGAGGGCCUGGAGGACAUGAGGGCAUCCAAGCGGGCAGACACCAGGCCGAAGAAAGGGCUGGUGCCUUACAAGCGCCUCAAGAACCCAAUUGACUGGCUGUGCAAGCUGAUGCAGAGGAAGGACAUCCUGCUGUUCAGGGCGGAGCCGUUUGUCGAGAAGAAGAUCCAGUACGGGCUGGUCACGGACGCAAGCCCAUGGGGGUUGGGAGGCAUGCUCAUCCGUCUCACCAUGGACGGCACUGCAUUCGAAAUAGUUGAGGCUUUCGAGGCAGAGUUCAAGCCGGAGGACGCAAAGAUGCUGAAAGUGGAGUACGGUGAGGCAUCCUCCCAAAGCGUAGUUGAGACGCUGGCAGUACUCCGAGGACUGCACAAAUGGGCCUCGAUCUUCAAAGGACGUCCAAUCUUGCUACGGAGUGAUUCGACAGUAGCGUUGGGGGUCACGAAGAAGACGGGUAGCUCAUCGCCCCAGCUCAACUACCUGGCGGCAGAGAUCUCCUUGAUGCUUGAGCUGCAUCGCAUGCAGCGGGUGGUCGUGCAGCAUCUGCGGGGCGCUGACAACAAGGAGACGGAUUGGCUCAGCAGAAUGCACGACCGAGGAGACAAGCCGAAGUCCCUGGAAGGAGUGAAGAUUUUUCGUCUUGCACCUUGCCACACGUGUAAGGAAUUAUUUUCACUCACCCCUCCUGGUGCGGAGGGCCAUGGAGAAUGGGCCGGGGACUUGGUGCCUGCAGACACUUUCAUUGCAGGCGGCUCGGAGUGA